AUGCAGAAGAAGAUGGGCGAGGCGGUGGCCCGGGUGGCCAGGAAGGUGAACGACACGGUGGAGAACAAAACGGAUUCCCUUGAUCUGGCCAACUGCAAGCUGAUAACCUUCCCUGUCGGCAUCUACAAAGCCAUGAGGAGCGUCACCGAGGGAAUCCACCACAUCUCCCUGGCAAACAACGAGCUGAAGUCCCUCACCAGCCGAUUCGUCACCACCUUCAGCCAGCUGAGAGAACUCAACCUGGCAGGCAACUAUCUGCACCGCCUGCCUGAAGAGGUCACCUCCCUGCUGCACCUCCGGGCCAUCAACCUCUCCCGCAACAGGUUUCGGCAUUUCCCAGAGCCCCUGGCUGCCGUCACUGCCCUGGAGACCAUUGACCUGGAAGAGAAUGAGAUCACAGUUGCAGAGGAGCCAGCGAGUGGGUUUCCAUCAGCAGGUUUGGAGGAGGCUGGCAGGAGCUGGUGGCCACCAAAGGACAUGGAGGUGCCGGUGGAGAAGCUGGCCACGAUGGCAUCGCUGCGGAGCCUCAACCUGCGGGAGAACCCCAUCGGACCCGAGGUGCGGCUGCUUGUCCGGCCCCUCGUCCCCUUCGACCUGCUGCUGUCACCAGAGGAGCCCGUCCCCAAAGCCUGA